GUGUUUUGUGUGCUACGUUGUUUGUGUGGUUUGUUGGGUUUGCAUGUCUUUGCAUAUUCAUCUUGUGCUUGUGCAGAUGUGCUUGGAUUGUACAUCAGAUCGAGCGCAUUCCAACGAGCCAAGAAUUGUUGGAAUCGGAGCACAUAUGAAGAAGUUACGAAUAAAUGUUUGAUGGAUUUGUUACAACUCAUUGGAAGUCCUUGGCAGCUGCUACACCAAAGUUGGAGAGCCCUAAAACGAGGAGGGACCAGCAUGUGUGGGACUUUUGUCCCCACCUUGCAGCUGCAGCAUUUGGGGUUUGGAGACCAACCUGGCACAGUGUGAAUUUUGUCUUGCCAGGCCGGCUGAACCUGAGGAUGGGGAGUCAAGACUUUGACUCUUGUCAUGUUCUUGACCAAGGGCCUCCAGGGUCCUUCCCUUUCAUCCUUCCCUUCCCACCCCACCUUCCAACUAUGCUUCAAUGCCUUUUCCAUCAUGUCUCUGAACUUGUAAGCUUCUAUUAUAGUGACUCUGAGGACUGUCAAUUUCUCCUAGGGCAGAUUACCCCCCAGUGCGCCAAACGCCAUAGCUCACUCGAUAAGCUACGGAAUCAAGUGAUUCAACUUUCAGUGGAAAGCUGACGCUGCAAGCUAUAACAUAUCCGAUUUUCAGAUCGUUUCAUCGAUUGGAGUUUUGGAUAUAGCUUUUCGAAGGUCGCGAGUUUUCUGGGCGUCAUAACGAAGUGCUGCAGAAAUUUCCAAGGAGCCAUUGAAUCAUCUGCUUCUAGCCUUCUCUAACCAACAAGUGGUAUCAGAGCCCAUUAUCACGCAUUUGGGACCUAAAUUACGAUGGGAGAUAAGGAGGACUCUGGUGGAGGUGAUACUUCAGUCCAAGGAGGCAGCUCAACCCAAGAUUCUGGCAUUGCAGCGCAAAGGGGAGCGCGUACAAGCCAGGGAUCACUGCUUAAGGAAGUGCUGAAGAACUUCACCAUUAAGAAGUUCUCUGGAGAUGGCUAUGAUGAUUGGGCAUGGAAGAUGCAGCUCUACUUUCGACAAAUUGGCCUCUUGAAGCUCAUGAUUGGAACGGAGCCCAGGCCAAAGGAAAUGGCAGAGCAAGCGGACUGGGAUGAACGUUCAUCUGCUGGGUAUUAUCUACUGUCACAAAGCUUGGAGCUGAACCAGAGGCAUCACAUCAUGCAUCUGCUACCGGAAACUGAUUGUGGGCCCAAGGCAUGGGCAGUGCUCAAGGACCUGCACGCUCCGACAUCGGUUGCUGCUUCUCUCAUGCUGGAUCGGGAGCUGUCCAUGCUGCGGUUGAGCGAGAAUGAACCUGUGCAGCCCGUUCUGGACAAGAUGAGGGAACUCUACGCGAAAUUGGCGAUUGCGGGCAUCACGUACCCUGAGCAGACUAAGUGUCUCAAGAUGCUCAGCCUGCUGCCCGAGUCUUGGCUGCAAUUUAUAAGCGGACUCAGCUUGCCACAAAACCAAAGUCAAUGGACAUUGGAGUGGAUUCGCACCAAGAUUCUGGAAGAAGAUUUUCGUUGCUACACACUGCGCGGAGGUGAUGACAGCACCAGCGGCUAUGCCAUGCAAGGGACAUGGAGGGAUCGAGGGCGUGGCAAUCGCGGUCGCUCUUACUACAGCCAAGGUGGUCGCGGGACUUGGAACCAGCAAGGGCGUGGUGGCGCUGGUGCAAGAGGAAGAGGUGGUCACUCGAACCAUGACAACAGUGAACCACGCUUGAGGGGAGAGUGCUGGUAUUGCAAGGAAGAAGGGCAUCCAUGGUUUCGCUGCUCUACCAAGCCCGACUGGUGGACCCCUUGGAACCAAUCGCAAAAGGGGAAUGGAGGAAAGCAACCACGUGGAGGUGCCAACAUGGUAGCUGAUCCUGCUGAAGAAACCUCCAAGGAUGACAGAGGAAUGGGAAAUGAGGAGAGGAAUGCUGGACAGUUCUACCAUGUGUGUGACAAAGAUGACAGUGGUACAGCUGUUGCAAGGGCUGGAGAGGAAUUGCACCCGCUUGACAUGUGGGUCAUGGACUCUGGUGCUGCAUGGACAAUGACACCACUCAAGGAUUUGCUGGAUGCUGUGCGAGCGCCUCCAAUCUCUGAAGUGCGCUCAGCAUCCGGACAUGCAGUGAAGGUCGCUGGAGUUGGUCGAGCUGCAUUCAGAGCACCUGAUGGUGGACUGGUUGUGCUGAAGGAUGUGUUACUCGUACCGGGGCUGAAGGCCAAUCUGAUAUCGCUGCGCAAGCUAGGCCAGGCCGGAGUCAGCACCACCACCAAUGGAUCCAAAACAUUCAAGGGGCUGCGAGGAGAUCGUGUGUUAUGGGAUUUACACGAAAGCAGGGAUGUCUUCAGAUCCAUGUGGCAGAUCCCUGCGCUGAUAUGGGAAUCAACAAAGAAGGAGCUGGGAGCAGUAAAGGCGGGAUCUGGAGUCCAGGGGGAGUGCAAUGCAGUUAGUGCUGCAGGAGUGACGGUUUCUGCAAGGUCGGGGGAGACUGAUUGGGAAACCGCACACAGGCGUCUAGGGCAUGUGGCUAUGCCAUUGCUGCAGCAACUGCAUAAGGAAGAAGCAGUAAAGGGGCUGAAGCUUUCUGGGCAACCAAAUGAUACCAAGUGCGAGACGUGUCUGCUGAGCAAGUUCACACGGUUCCCCUUUCACGGCGUAGCUGGGAAAAGCAAGGCAGCACUGGAACUGGUGCACAUGGACCUGGUAGGACCUUUUCCAGUUCAAGGAAGAAAGGGGGAAAGAUACUUCCUAACAAUAGUUGAUGACUGGAGCCGGCUGAUGUGGGCAUACCCGUUGAAGCAGAAGGAUCAUGCUGCCUCAACAAUACGAGAUGACUGGCUGCCGCUUGUCGAGCGACAAUCUGGGCACCCAUGCAAGAGCAUCAGAACCGACCGAGGUGGAGAGUUUCUAGGAGGAGAUCUGACUGCGUGGCUGAAGAAACAAGGCAUUGAGCAUCAGCUAACGACGUCCUAUACCCCUCAGUCAAAUGGCGUUGCUGAGAGGGCUAAUAGGACCAUCCUGGAAACUGCGCGAGCGCUGCUGAUCGAAUCAGGGCUGGGGAACUCCAUGUGGCCUCAUGCGGUGAGGCAUGCUACAGUGGCAAGGAACCGCGUACUCACAAAGGUAGCUGAUGAUAUGUGGGUGCCGCUGGAGAGGUGGCUUGGAAAGAAGCCUCCAGUGGACAUGCUCAGAGUGUUCGGAUGCAUGGCAGUGGCGCAUGUCCCUAAACCGUACAGGACAAAGCUUGGAGCAUCUGCACUGUGGUGUGUGCACCUUGGGCUUGCGGCAGAGAGCAAGGGGUGGCUACUCUGGGAGCCCUCGAAGAAUGUGCUGUUUGACAGUCGGGAUGUCAAAUUUGUGGAGAACAUCAUGUAUGGCAAGUGGGAGAAGCAGCCGGAGGCAAGGGUCACCCAGCAGCUGGAAGAGAUCACUAUGCACUUCGAUUUGUCCGAACCUGAGGACAGCGAAGUCACUGCGCCAACGGCAAGCGGUACUGAUGAAGGAAGCAAUGAGGAUAUUGCAGCUGAUGCUCAAGUCAAGGAUCCGGAGCAGCAGCAGCAAGAGGCUUCCAAAACACCAAGUCUGCCAAAGCGAAGGAAACAGAUUGGUGGGGGGACAAAGGAUUGGGUGAAGGUGAAAGAAUGGGUAAAUCCAACCAUCUACCCUGCACGUACCAGAAUGGCAACAAGAAAGCUGCUGAGCUCUACAAGUGAAGGAGCCACAACUGAGCAGCAGGAACAGGCUCAAGGCGAAGAUACAGUGCUGUUCUUGGGUGAUGACCAAGAGUCAGAUGACGAAGAGCCUGCAUACUGCUUUUGUUGGUUAGAGAAGGCUAUAAGCAGAUGAUUCAAUGGCUCCUUGGAAAUUUCUGCAGC